AUGAAACUCUUUCACGGACAAAGAACCAUUGGUUAUGGGGAUGAUAGAUUCCAAGAAGACCUUUCACUUUAUUAUGGAUAAUAUGGAUAUCCUUCAUCAUGUGCACAAAACACAAUUAGAUAACCUAGUAGCCCUUUUAAAAAGAGAAGGAAAAUCUAUUAUUCAGGUAGUAACAUCGGAUUGGUCAACUUAUAUCAGUAAUGCAAGAGGAAGAAGAAAACUCACAAUAGACUCGAAUAAAAGUAGUAGGAUCCCUAAUUGAAACAGAGUAAAUACAGAGAAACACUUGAACAAUGA